GAGCAACUCUAGGUUACUCUUUGCUUGAGGCUUGAAAAUUUAUUUGGUGUCAAAACAAAUAGUAAACAUAAACAUUUAGCAAAUUUCAAUUGAUUCUUGUGUUUUUUGUUGUUACAAUUUAAAAAGUCAAAAUGAUACAAAUUUUAUAUAAAAGUAUUUCUGGCUCAAGUAAAAUAAUUGAGUACCACGAGGAUAGUGAUAAUAUUGAUGAUUUAUAUCAACGUUUUUCAAGUAUUGAGGGUAUUCCAAUCGACUCUUUCAAGUUAUAUCUCAAUGGGAAAUUACUUAGUGAUUCAAUUAUGAGUACUUAUCCGUGUAAAUCUUUAGUUCCAAUUACAAUGCACCCAUUGCUUCUUGGUGGUAAAGGAGGAUUUGGUUCUAUGUUAAGAGCUAUUGGCGCUCAAAUUGAAAAGACUACAAAUAAGGAGGCUUGUCGCGAUCUCAGUGGACGUCGAUUACGUGAUAUCAAUGCAGAAAAGAGAUUUAAAGAAUGGGUAUCUAAAAAAGGGAACGAAGAAGCAGAAAAGGAGAAGAAAAGGAAAGAAAAGCUCGAAAAGAUGAAACAAACACCAAAAAUCAUGUUUGAAGAUCCUGAAUAUUUCAAGAAUAAAGAAGUUAUUCCUCAAGAAAUUGAUGAAGCACUGGAACAUGGAUUGAAAAAUGCUACUGCCAGUCAGUCAUCUGCGAAAAGAGUUGACCCGUUUGCAAAGAGCAUAUCUACGAAGAAACAAAAAAAGGAUCUCUGGCUCGGUGUUGAUCUAAGUGAAGACGAAAGUGAUCUGGAUGAUGAUCAAAACAGUGCAGAUAGUGGAUCGAGAAUUGACUCUGAUAAAGAAGAUGCUAGUAAAUCAACUAAAUUUUUGUUAAACCCUGGACCUUCAUCUUCUAGCGAGAAUAGCCAACAAUCAUCAGAUAUAGAGCAAAUAAUUCCAUCGAUGAACGACAAGCAAAUUUCUGUAAUUCAUGCUUGAAUGUUGAAAAUUUCGUCAUGUUAAUAUUUGCUUAUUCAAAAUUCGUCUUUCAUUUCCAUGUAAUCUUUUCUCUAAUUUACUAAAAUUUCAUCAAUGAAGAUUCAAUAUUCAAUAGAUUAAAAUUAUCAUCUCAAAA